ACCCUCUCUCGCAGUCACCUGAGCUGGUUUUCCCAGUAGACCUUAUCACCAUGGCAUCAGUGGCAUUUGUAAAGCAGCGCCCGAGCGUCGAGCCACGAGUGUGUGUGUGUGUGUGUGUGUGUGUGUUUGAGGAUCAUACCGUCUGAGCAAGAUCUCCACAGAAAUCUGAAGAUGAGUCGAGUUCCAGCUUUGCAAUUGCCUCCAUCGCGUGUUUUCCUCCAGCUGUGGGUCGCAAGCGUGUUGUUCUGCGCUGGCAUGACCCUAGCGAUGAAGAUCACCUCCACUGGGCCACAGACGUUACAGCUGGCGCAAGGAGACCAAAAAACACUGGGGUGUACAUACACACCCGGGCCUGAGGACGUCGGAGAACUGGAUAUCGAGUGGACGCUGGUCACUCCGGACACCACGCAGAAAGACAUAGUGUUCCUGUCCUUCUCAGGUGGACAGAAAUAUUUCCAUGGCGACCUGGCGUUUAUGAAGGGGGUGGACUUUGCGGUGGGCGACCCCUCUAAGGGCGACGCCUCGCUCUCAAUCGCUGAGCUCACGGCUGAGCAUACGGGAACAUACCAGUGUAAAGUGAAGAAAGCUCCGGGAUUGGACAUGAGCAAAACCACGCUGCUGAUUCUGGAGCGGCCGUCAGCGCCCAAGUGUUGGGUUGAAGGGGGCGAGGGCGUGGGGACAUCCGUAUCCCUCCACUGCAGGUCGGAUCGAGGAACUCCACCCAUCCAAUACGUGUGGAGGAGAGAGAGCGGGGGUCCGAUUCCUCCCACCAUUACACAGGAUCCGUUCCUCGGAGAUCUCUUUAUCGCCAAUCACUCCCUGGACUUGGCGGGAAUCUACGCAUGUGAGGUGUCUAACGCUGUGGGGAAACAGCAAUGUCGAAUCAACCUGCAGGCCACCAGACCUCCUAACAGAGCCGGUGUGAUCGCUGGCAUCGUGUGCGGAUGUCUGCUGCUCAUCGCCAUCAUCCUCAUCAUCCUGUUGCUCCUCUGCUUCCGGUGCAGAUCGCAGCGUCGACGCUACGAGAAAGAGUUCUCCAACGAGAUCAGGGAGGACGUUCCGGCACCCGAGAGCCGACCGCCGAGUCGCGUUUCGAGUCUUCACUCCAGACAGAUUUACAGCCAAAUGAAUCAAACCGAGCAGCGAGCGCCUUCCACCAGCACGGGAUACAUGCUGCCCAAAUACCACGACCAAUACGGCUACAUCGUGUGACCCUAACCAACAUCGUCCAGUCACAUUACCCACAAUUCAGUGCCGGGAUACAAACCACUCCUGUUGUAUACAGUGUGUUAUUUAUAUAGUGUACAUUUAAAGGAAUGUGAAGAUUUGAAAACACUUUUUAUAUAGAGGAAAAAGAAAUAUUCGUGUAUGUGUGUGUGUGUGUGUGUGUGUGAAGGUAUCAUUUAUACUGUGUAAAUAUGCAACAAUCUUCCGCUUCAACUCAAAGAAUGGAAAUAAAUAAAGUUCCCUGAGAUUGAGCAGUUCACACUGUGAAGAGUUAAA